CUGCUUGCAGCUGUUAUUAUUGAAAAUUUUUCUCUGUUUUACUCCAGUGAAGAGGAUGCUUUGUUGAGUUAUGCUGACAUUAGAAAUUUUCAACAAGUAUGGAAUAUGAUCGAUAUCGAGCAGAAGCGAACUAUUCCUGUCAGAAGGGUGAAGUUUCUUCUCCGGCUGUUGAAGGGACGUCUUGAAGUAGACCCUAAUAAAGAUCGCCUUUUAUUCAAACAUAUGUGUCAUGAAAUGUAUCGUCUGCACAAUGGAGACGAUAUAUCUUUCCACGAUAUACUUAAUAUGUUAUCCUAUCGAAGCGUCGACAUUCGAAAGUCACUACAACUUGAGGAGCUUUUACAGCGAGAAGAACUUGAAUAUAUAAUUGAAGAAGAGGUUGCUAAACAGACAAUCCGUUCUUGGCUUGAGGGUUGUCUGCGGAGGAUAAAAGCACAGCAGAAUACUCAGCUUUGUUUCAACCAGCAGUUGGCAACUCCGUUAUCGAUCCAGACAAAUCAGUUACCUAUUGGUUUGAGGGAAACAACAGAAAAAAUCACUGAUGUCUUAGAACCUGAGGCAGAAGAAAAUAUUAAAAAAAAAUACCCUAAAAAGUCACACAGAAGUAGUAUUCCUGAGCUCGUUGGGGAAGCCAAAAAGUUCAUAUUCAGUGGAGGAAGUAUAACAAAGCAAAAAACUUCAUCGUCUGAACGACUACACCAGAUAAAUGAUCGUAGUAUAAAAUCUGCUUCCUGUGGGGAGAAGUCACCUUCAAGCCUAACUGGUCGUAACGAAAAGCGAGCUUCAGUAAUGCAGAAAUGUCUCUUUUGGAAAGCAGAUUUUAAAUGUGUUCUAAAAUCUUUGAAAGUAAGUGGAGUAAAUGUAAAAAAACUGAAACUGCAUUUUCAGACAUCUGAAUUACCAAAUCUAGAAGAGUACAGUGAGGACAGUCCGGAAGCUACAAGUGGUGACAAUCGUCGCCAUUCUACUGAGGGCACCGUUCCAGCUGGGAAAGGGUCAAGCUAUAAUAUACCUGUCACUUUGAGCACUCCGUCAUUCAGUGGUAUGACCGGAGAUUUAGACCGAACUUUUGACGUUAAAGAAUGGUGGUCGAGUCUAGAAAAGAAUACAGACGGACUAUGCAUGUUUGAUCUCAUUCUUUAUCGUAUUCCACUUAUGAUACGAGGUUAAAU